UGUUUCUUCGCCUCUCUUCAGCUGUAUCGACCCUCUCUCAUCUCCCUUCACCUCUUCGUAAACGACCAUUCAGCCACGCCAUGUCUGUACCUCCGUUCACCCGUCUGCACAAAGAGGCAGACCUGGGUGUUCUCUCCGUCCUGCGAGCCUGUCACCUGACAAAAGCUGUGCAGAAUGUCUUGGUCAAGGACGAUACCAUACUCAAGGCGGAUAGGUCGCCUGUGACGGCCGCUGAUCUCUCGGCUCAAGCACUGAUAUCUUUGCAUCUACGCUCACACUUUCCCUCAGAUCUCAUCAUCGGUGAAGAGGACACUUCGGAGCUUCGAUCAAACUCAUCUCUGCUUGACCGAGUGAUUGGUCUGGUGAAUGACAACUUUCAGGUAGAGGAGGGAUGGGGAAAGAAUCAGCAGUGGAGUCAAGAGGAGAUCCUCGCCGCUAUCGAUGCUGGAUCUGCUUCCGGAGGAUCUAAAGGGAGAUACUGGACCAUUGAUCCUGUGGACGGAACGUCAGGUUUCAUCCGUCAUCAGCAAUACGCCGUAUGCUUAGCUCUAAUCAUUGACGGCGAGGUGGAGUUAGGAAUCAUCGGCUGCCCGAAUCUCGGCGCAGAACCGGCAAAACUGGGUGAAGAGGUCAUUCCCAAUGGUCAGGGAGUGUUGAUGAUCGCUAUCAAAGGGGAAGGCAGCUGGUCGCGUCCUCUUUCUACCCCAUCUUACACUCGCAUAUCCUUACCAUCUUCCCCUUCCGAACCUUCUCCCCUCACAUUCCUCGAGUCCGUCGAGGCUGGUCAUUCGGCACAUGACAUACAAGCCAACAUUGGCCGACUCCUUGGCGUUCAAAGGCCAAGCUUGCGUAUGGACAGUCAGGCAAAGUAUGCUUGUCUAGCUCGCGGUGAGGGUGGUAUCUACUUGCGGAUACCCACCAAAUACUCCGGGGGCAAGGACUACAUCGAACGGAUCUGGGAUCACGCUUCAGGCUGUCUCCUCAUUCACGAAUCCGGCGGGGUAUGCACCGACAUGCACGGCAAGCCGUUGAAAUUUGGUGUGGGUCGAACACUUGCCGAAAACGAAGGUAUCGUCGCUGCUGGCCGUGAUACCCAUCCAAAGGUCAUCGCCGCUGUCAAGCAGGCUAUCGAAGCCGCUCGGAGAUGAUAGGCGAAGUGAAGGGAAGUGGGUGAAUCAUAUCAUGGACAUGAGAUCAUACAUAUCUGUGCAUCAAGCUAUACGACUUUCGC